AUGCAGUGCGUGUUGGCACUGAGUAAGAUCAAGGCGAAGGCCAAGCCAGCACCUAUGAAAUCGUCCGUUGCUCCAGUCACUGUGUUUCAUGAUUCACUCGCCCGAACUGGGCAAUCCUUGCGGCGCCCAACACAAGCUGGCUCCUCCGCCAAGCUGCCCGAGACGCUCUGUGCAUCAGAGGUCAGGCCCCUCAUCAACAACCAGGUUACCAGAUUCACAGGGGUCGACAAUCAACGACUGAUGCGGCCUCUGGUCUCGAUCACCACGGCCUGGACUUGCCUAGCCGGAUUCCGGACCGGAAAAACGAUGCAGAUAAACCCCCCACAGGCUGAGGAACAUGAGCAGGCACCAGCUUGCCACCAGCAUCCCACCAUGGUUCCAUUCGGGGAACGAGAGCAGGACCCUGAACUAACGAUGUUACUGUGGAAAUGGAGGCGGGAGGGGUGGACCGUUGGGCAAAACUUGCUCACAUGCCACCCAAUUAGAGGCGUGAAUCACCCUAGUCGGGCACCGGACGAGAAUGACGGUGUUGAUCAGUGGUGGUCCGAGGCAUACAGUGUGCCCAGGCCAUCCAUUCGCGAGCAGCUCCGGAUCUGGCCGUGGCGUGCUCAGGGCCUGAUGUGA